UCCUCCCGGCACCGGCGGACGCGGAGCCGGCGAGGGGAGGGAGGAAAAAAAAAAAAAAAAAAUAAAGGGGGGGUUGGGGGGGGAAACGAAACGCCACAGGGAAGCAGGGGAGGGGGGGCUCUGCCUGCCUGCCUGCCCGGCUCGGGGGGGGUGGGGGGGUGUUUGCCCUGCCCGCACCCAUGAGCAGGACCACCGGCCUCCAGCGCCGGACCACCUACCUCAUCUCCCUCACCCUGGUCAAGCUCGAGUCGGUGGCAGCCCCAGGGGAGCAGGAGCAGGCGGGGGGGGGAGGCGAUGGAGCCCCCCACCCCGGGCAGGCGGCGGAUGCUGCCCGCGCCGAAGACCCCGGCGGCGGCGGCGGCGGCGGCAAAACCAAGAGGCCCGAGCGGCUUUUCCAGCGCCAGGACGCUCUCUGGAUAAGUACCGCCGGUUCCGGCCCCACCGACGCCCCGGUGACCCCCGGCAGCCCCCGGACCCCCAGUCCCGGCCCAACGCCGACGGGCGAAGGUUCGGUUGCCCCACGGCUCGCCGAGCCCCGCGGCGGGCAUGGCGCCAACCGCCCCCGCUCACCCGCCUCGACGCCUGCCGCCGGCCCGCCCGCCGUGCCCCCCAAACCCGACCCGGCCUUGUUGCCCCCCGCCGUGCCCCCUAAACCCGACCCGGCCUUGUUACCCCCCCCUCCGGUGGUACCCCCUAAACCCGACCUGGCGUUGCUGCCCCCCCCUCCCGCCGUACCCCCUAAACCCGACCCGGCGUUGCUUCCACCCGCCGUGCCCCCCAAACCCGAUGCUCUCGCCCGGGGGGCCAAGGGCACCUUGGAAGCGCCGGGGGAGCGCGGUCGGGCACCCCAGGAGUGCCCCCACCCCUCGGCACCCCCCCGUCGCCCGCUGCUGGGCCAAGCCAGCUGGGGUUACCCCGAGGCUGCCCCGGACGGGGGCAAACCCCCCUCCCACCCGGCACCCGGUGCAUCCUCACCGCACCCAGCCGCCGGCGCCCGCCGGUUACGCCUGGCCGGCACCAAACCCUUCAAGACGGUGACCACCAGCGGUGCCAAGGUGGGCUCCGACGCCAAGACGGGCAAAAGCACCCACAAAACCGCCGGCAGCCGCCUCUCGUGGCCCGAGGGCGAGGGCAAGGGGCGCCCCAAACCGGGGGGCAAAGCGGGUGCCGAGGGCGGCCCCCGACCGCCGGCGCGGGCUCGGCUCUCCCCCCGCAAAGGCAAAAGCAAGACCCUGGAUAACAGCGAUUUGCACCCGGGACCGGGCGGUUUGGCGCCGGUACCCGCUCCCCCUUUGACCGAAACGGGAUUGAAACGGGGGCGCGAAGGCGGCCGAGCCUCCACCCGCGACCGCAAGAUGCUCAAGUUCAUCAGCGGGAUCUUCGCCAAGAGCCCGGCAGCCACCCCCACCCACCCUGCACCCCCCUGGGCCCUGCUCAGCACCGACCUGGGCAGAGGCGCCUCCCCCAAGGCCUUGGUGAACAGCCAGGAAUGGACCCUGGGCCGCUCCGUCCCCGAGAUCCGCCUGGGCGUCCUGGGCAGCAGCAAGAGCGGGAAGUCGGCGCUCGUCCACCGCUUCCUCACUGGCUCCUACGUGGGCCUGGAGCCCACCGAGAGUGGUCAGUUCAAGCGCGAGAUGAUGGUCGAUGGCCAGAGCCACCUCUUGCUCAUCCGGGAGGAAGGAGGCGCCCCGGAUGCCAAGUUUGCCAGCUGGGCAGACGCCGUCAUCUUCGUCUUCAGCCUGGAGAACGAGAGCAGCUUCGAGGAGGUGACGCAACUGCACGAGCUGCUCAGCGGCUACCGGGGCGCCAGCGAGGUGGCCCUGGCGCUGGUGGGCACCCAGGACAAGAUCAGCUCCUCCAACCCCCGGGUGAUUGAAGACGCCCGGGCCCAGGCGCUCUGCGGGGACAUGAAGCGGUGCCUCUACUACGAGACCUGUGCCACGUACGGCCUCAACGUCGACCGCGUCUUCACUGAGGUGGCCCAGAAGGUGGUGGCACUGAAGAAGCAGCAGCAGCUCAUGGCGUCCUGCAAGUCUCUGCCCAGCACCCCCAGCCACUCGGCCGCAUCCACCCCCGUCGGGGGCAUCCACCCUGGCCAGGCCAGCAAUGGUGGCCACACCAGCGACUACUCAUCCUCGCUGCCGUCCACCCCAAACAUCAGCCACCGGGAGCUGCGGAGCGAGACCCCGGCCCCCCUGGGCACCCCCAGCUCUCUGCACCGCGGGGCCAAGCGCCGCACCAGCCUCUUUGCCACGCGCCGGGGCAGCGACUCGGAGAAGCGGAGCCUGGACAGCCGGGGCGAGGUGGCGGGCAGCGGCCGUGCCAUCCCCAUCAAGCAGAGCUUCCUGCUGAAGCGCAGCGGCAACUCCCUCAACAAGGAGUGGAAGAAGAAGUACGUGACCUUGUCCAGCAAUGGGCUCCUCUUCUACCACCCCAGCAUCAACGACUACAUCCACAGCACCCACGGGAAGGAGAUGGACCUUCUCCGUACCACCGUCAAGGUCCCCGGCAAACGCCCGCCCCGCGCCAUCUCUGCCUGCGGCCCCUCCGCCAGCAUCAACGGGCUGGUGAAGGACGUGGGUGGGGGGACGGCACCUGAGGGUGGUGCCGGCGCCUCCCCCGUGGGGCUCAGCCUCCCCCCAGAGCCGGGGAUGAAGGGUGCGGGCAAGGGUGAGCGGUCCCUGCAGCGUUGCGCCUCCGCAUCCAGCGCCAAGCUGUCCGGCUCCGACGGCCCCCCCACCUUUGAGGCCAUAUCCAGCCCCAGCAGCUCAGGCAAAGACCCGCCGCCGUCGCCCAUGAUCGACAGAAAGAAGCACCGACGGAAGAAGCUGAUGACGCCAUCCAAGACGGAGGGCUCGGCAGGGCAGGCGGAAGCCAAGCGCAAAAUGUGGAAAUUAAAAAGCUUUGGUAGUUUAAGAAAUAUUUAUAAAACAGAGGAGGAGAACUUCGAGUUCAUCAUCGUGUCCAGCACGGGUCAGACGUGGCACUUCGAGGCGGGCAGCUUCGAGGAGCGUGACGCUUGGGUGCAGGCCAUCGAGAGCCAGAUCCUGGCCAGCCUGCAGUGCUGCGAGAGCAGCAAGAACAAGGCUCGCAUGGACAGCCAGAGCGAAGCCGUGGCCAUCCAGGCCAUCCGCAACGCCCGGGGCAACUCGCUCUGCGUGGACUGCGGGGCACCCAACCCCACCUGGGCCAGUCUGAACCUGGGGGCCUUGAUCUGCAUCGAGUGCUCGGGGAUCCACCGCAACCUGGGCACCCACCUGUCCCGCGUGCGCUCCCUCGACCUGGACGACUGGCCCCGGGAGCUCACGCUGGUGCUGACCUCCAUCGGCAACGCCACCGCCAACAGCAUCUGGGAGAAGAACCCGCAGGGCCGCUCCAAGCCCACCCACGAAUCAUCCCGGGAGGAACGGGAGUCGUGGAUCCGGGCGAAGUACGAGCAGCGGCUUUUCCUGGCGCCGCUGCCAGCGGCCGAGGCGCCGCUGGGGGAGCAGCUCUUCUGUGCGGUGCAGGAGAAGGACCUGGAGAUGGUGCUGCUGCUCCUGGCCCACAGCAAGAAGGAGCAGCUCAACGUCAGCACCGGUGACAAGGACCGGCGCACGGCACUGCACGUGGCCUGUGAUAUGUCCCUCGUGGUCAUCACCCAGCUGCUGGUGUGGUACGGCGCGGACGUUCGGGCGCGGGACGCGCAAGGCCGCACGGCGCUUUUCUACGCCCGCCGCGCCGGCAGCCAGGAGUGCGCCGACAUCCUGCUGCAACACGGCUGCCCCGGCGAGGGCCCCGGCGGCCCGGCCACCCCUGGGAUACGCCGCAAGAGCAGCUGCGCCAGCGUGGGUCCCUGCGAGCCCCGGACCGCCCUGGUAUAGCCGGCAAGGGGCCCGGCGCCCGCUCGGCAUCCCCCCCCCCCCACCCGGACUGCAGGUGCCCGUGGGCCCCGGCUCGGCCCCGGCAUCACCCACUGCCACCCCACGGUUUGUAUUUUUGAUGCUCUAUUUAUUAUUCAGCUCCCGCUGGGGUCUCUUCUGGUCCUGUCCCCCUGCCAGUGCCACAUCCUCCCCCCCCUCCGACCCCACCGGGGCUCGCGGUGGUGGCACUGCCACCCGGAUGCCCGGGUCCCCCUCCCGGUGCCACCGCGACCCCCCCCCCCCCCCGUGCAUCGUGCCCCGGCGCGGGGUGGGCACCGCGUCUCGGCACAGCCCUGCCGGGGUUGGGACACCAGGGCUCCCGGGCUGGCGCCGUGGCCGGUGACACCCCUGCCCGUGUCACCCCCCCUCAUGCCACCCCUGCCUGUGCCACCCCCCCGCCCCGUGGCACCCUGCUCACAUCACCCCAUUGUGCCGCCCCCCCCCGCGUCACCCCCAGUCGUGUCACCCUCCCCAUGUCAUGCCCAGCCAUGUCACCCCCUCUGUGCCCCCCCCCCCGGCCGUGCCACCCUCCCUGUGCCCCCCCCAGCUGUGCCACCCCAUCCCCUGGCGCAGCCCCCCGGCUCCGUGGCAGGAGCAGAGCAGACCCCCCCCCCCCCUCGUUUUCUACAACAACCUUUU